AUGAGCAAAAAGAACCUUCCUACCUGGCUUCCCCGCGCGAUCCCCGUUGUGUUACUCUUUCCCGUCACCCGCGCCGCGAUGCUCCUUUUGGUGCUAGCGGUCUGGGAAAUUGUGGCCAAAUACCGGAGCGGUGUUGCUCGUGCGACUGAGGGUGCAGAUGACGCACUCCGCCGCGCGGUAGCGGCUGCUGAGAAAGCGGGUGAGCACAUCCGCGAAGCUAAAGGGCUGGAGUGGCAGGCCAUGCAGCUGGCUGCCGCGGAAGUGAACCAGAAUAGAACGGUGAUGUCGGGGGCAACUAUUCGGGCGGCGGAGGGGGUGAAGACCGAAGUUGAAGGAAUGGUGAAGGAGGCGCGGAGUUUGGAGGCGACUGCGGAGAAAGUGAGGAAGCUGGUGGAGAAGGCGAAGGCGGUGGCUGAGGAGGGAGAUUUGGAUACGGCGGAUGAAAUGGUGGUCAAUGUGGAGAAGUUGCUUGCGAAGGUUGUGCGAGGGGAGCAGGAAGUUGGGGAAAAGGUGGAGGUGUUGAAGGGAAAGCUUUGGAAGAUAAGUUUAGGCCAUGGGUCUGGCUAG